AUGGGAAAAAGCACAUCCGGGCAGCCGAAGAGUGUGGUUAGCAAGAAGAACAAAGAUGCGCAGAUGAGAGCAGCGAUUAACCAAAAGUUAAUAGAAACUGGAGAAAGAGAACGCCUCAAAGAGUUGCUGCGAGCUAAAUUAAUCGAGUGCGGCUGGAAGGAUCAGUUGAAGGCACACUGUAAAGAGGUAAUUAAAGAAAAAGGACUAGAACACGUUACUGUUGAUGACUUGGUGGCUGAAAUCACUCCAAAAGGCAGAGCCCUGGUACCUGACAGUGUAAAGAAGGAACUCCUACAAAGAAUAAGAACAUUCCUUGCUCAGCAUGCCAGUCUUUAAGGGUGAACUAGAAUGUAUUGUUCUGUGGGUUUAUUUCUGAAAGUAAAACUUGCCAUAAAUUAGAAAUUGAUAUCCCAAAAUAAAGUCCUUUUUUGUAUG